AUGGUUUUCAGAGACGUGUUUCACAAUUGUAGUAUUACCGGCCCCAUUGGGGAUGUUACGGCGCAUACUCAGUAUGUUAACGGGGUGGAUGAUUAUAAAGUUCUCCCUCGCAUUACUAGUAUCCUCCGACUUGACUUCUUCUAUUAUUUCGAGGUCAAUCUUGAACGUGGUUGUCCGUUCUUCAAAGAGGAUAUGCGAUGUGGUCUCAAAGAUUGUAGAGUCAGUGGAUGUUCUGUCGAAGAGAUUCCAGAAGGAAUGCGUUCAGAACACCCCUCACUCCACUACCCUUCCCAUCACAUGGUAGGCGGCACUUUGCAUAACGGCUUCAGUACACAAGAGAGUACAAUGUCAAGACAGAUGGAUCGGAUGAUGAAAUUGAUUGCCAACUUAGCAAACUGGACAGCUCCCUAA